GCUUUACUCAAAAUAUGAAUUUGAAUGUUUAGAUUGUUUACGUGGCAAAGCCGCUAAACCUGGGUUUACCUGUAAGAUGUGACAGUCGCAAGAAUGGAACAGAUACAGAAAUACAUGGUUCGCUUAGCACAAAACUUCAACAAAAGCUUCUCAGAGGAAAAGGCUGAUUUUUGGGACUGUCUAGUUAUCUCUGCUGCAGAUGAAAAACAAAAAGACUGCUUUCAACAGCAACUUGACGAACAAUUGAAGAAUGGUGAAUUACCAGGAGCACCAAAAUAUUUGGUGAUUGCUGAUUGCCCUGGGUCCAUCUUGGGGUCAGGAGGAUCUACCUUCCAUAUCUUAAAGCAGCUCAAAGAUCUUUUUGGAAAUGAUUUGUUCCACAUGAAAAUUUGGAUUAGUCAUGCUGGGGGCUCUAGCAAGAGAUUGCCAAAUCUAAGCUGCACAGGCAAGCUCUUCUGUCCUUUGCCACUAGAAAUUGAAGGAAAGGCAAUAACAAUUCUGAAUUUGAAAAUAAUUCUAACGUCACCUUUCCUCAAACUGAUGAAAAAUGGAGGAAUAUUUAUUUGUGCAUCUGAUGACAUUGAAACUUAUUGCCUUGAUGGCCUUGAAAGUACUGUAGAAAAGUCAAAUCCAUUGACUGAGGAUGGAAUUGUAGCCAUUGCCCAUCCAUCUUCAAUAGCUAUAGGAAACACUCAUGGUGUGUACGUGCUACCUGAGUCUUCAAAAAGGGACGAAAACUGUUGGCUGACCAGUUGUCUAGAAGUUUUGCAGAAACCUAAUUAUUCUACAAUGAAAAUGAGAAAAGCCUUAGUAAAAUUGGGGGACGGAGAGGAAAGAGUGUACACGGACAGCAUGUUUUGGUGCGGGCCGGAGCUAGUGAAGAAAAUGGUCACAUUCGCAGAGGAAAACGGCGACCUAUACCGUACUGAAACGUGUAUAUAUGGAGAUUUUCUAGCAUGUAUGGGCUCUCGUCCAGCUGAAGAAAAACUAUACUUGAAAAGCACAUCUGAUUCAUCAACAAUCAAAGGGAAAAUAGCUAGUCAUUUUGGAGAAACACCGUUGAAUAUUAUGGUGCUUGAGCAAUCACAUUUCUACCAUUUAGGAACAAUGCCAGAAUACUUAGAAAACUUGAACCCUACCUCAGAGCUAUUCCAAACCUUGGCGAUGAAACCGAUCGCUCAAUCAUUCUGCCGCGAACCAUCAGGAAUUCAAGGCAUUGUAACUACUUCUUGUCUCGAAGCGGAUGUCGAGAGUAUGAUAGGCAGCGUUAUGGAUAGCUGCAUAGUAAAUGUUCCUGUUGUUUGUGAGAGACAGACGAUUGUCAGCCAUUGCGUGAUUGACGAUCCGAUAAUUCAAGUAAUUCCAUCAUGUUGGAUGUUUCAUACGGCAGCAGUGAAGCAAGAAAAUUCGGUUCUCUAUGUCACGAUAGCCUUCCGAAUAGAUGACGAUCUGAAAGGGAGAGUAGAGCAAAGUCGUGGCUGGAAAGGUACAACAUUAGAGCAUCCAACUUCCACUUUAUGGCAAGCGCGGUUGUUUCCAGGCCUCGGAACGAUGAGUCAGUCCUUUACUGCAACCUGGAGGAUGGUUUCAAACCGAGAAAAGAAUGAAGAGUUCGUUCAAACUAACACGCUGCAGCGUUUUAGCAUGGAAGAUAUUGUUCAACAUAAAUACAUACCAGCUAUGAUGCAACAUCGAGAAAAUGUCCUGCACAAGAUAAGCUCCCGUGCGUAGUCCACAAGGUUUUUCUGCAACUGGUUUACAUUGGAGUGUUACGUUUUCGACGACUAUUUCGGUGUAUUCACCAGACCAGACACGUGCAUGUUACCCAUUUAACCAUAUUGGAACAUUUCGCAUGAAAUUGUAAAAUAAACAGAUAGUUUAUCCAGUC